UGGGGCUGGUGCUGGCGCUGGUUCUGGUGCUGCUGCUGGGUCUAAGGCUGUGUAUGUUUUCCCCACUUGUUACGUGCCCCUCACUUGUAGUUGUUUAGCAGCCGUGCCGUGGCUUGUUGACACAAGGUAAUGAGAGACAGGACAACCGCAAUUGCUUACAUAAGACAGACACAGUGAAGCACAGGCACACAUACAAUACAGACUGGCGAUGGGACGGGACUCACAUCAUUGCAGACAGUUGCAUUCGCUGGCUUUUUAUAGCCGACUUUCGAGGAUGCCACAGUCUGCAUCCAAGCAUGGCCCAAGUCGGAGGUGUUAACGGAGGUGUCUUCGCGGCGGCAGCCCUAAAGGACAUCGGAGAGAAGCCAGCGGCAAGUGUGGCCAGCAGCACUGCCCUGGCCAUCAGAAACUCCACGAUUAUAGCCCAUCGACUGUCCAUCUAUCUGCCGCAGCUGUUGCUUCCCUCGCGAGACCCACAAAAGCUCAUAACCGAAAUAAACUGCAGUGUGGCCCAGUUUCGGGAGAUGCUCAUCUUCAUUGGACAGGCGCGGGACUCGCCGGAGUUGCGCGAGAAGAUCCGGAAGCUGAGGCGCAGCUGCUUGGACGCCUGCAAGCACACGGCACACCUGAUCACCCCGCAGCCGCGCCACUGUCUGGGCAGUCCCAGCGAGAGAAUGCACCUGACGUUGCUCUACCAUCUGAGCCAGCUGUUCCAUCACGAGCUGAUCAAGAGCUAUCGUCUGAUUCAGCUGGUGCCCCUCGAUAUGACCGAGUAUUAUGCUCCUUCGCGCACUGCUCCCUCUAAUCUGGGGAAUGUCAUCAGUCAGAUCUUGUUGUGCAAGCAAAUCAAUCCCGACUUCCAGCAGGAGGAGCUUUGCAGCAUCGCCAAGGAUUCCCAAGAGCUGAGCGAGUUGUUGGAUGAGCUUAAAGCCCAUAUGCCCUUGCCAGAGGCAACUCCCACUCUCGAUGUGGAAUUGGAUCAGACAAAGAAAUCCGGCACUGGUUUUGUGUCCCUCAAAACACCCGUUUGGUAUGCUCGCCAGCGUAGACGCAGCUGUAGGAGCCGUAGUCGCAGUCUCUGCUGUUGUCUGACCUCAUCGCAUGGCAAAACUUAUUAGACGAAAGAAUGAUAUCUAUAGAUAUUAGAUAGGAAGUGCGAAACAUCCCCAAGUUAUUUCCCAAGAUAAGAUGCAAGUUGAUAGAAGCCCAACCUUCCUGGAAACCCCAAAAAAUUAUGAAUACAAAGAGUCAUUCCAUCGAAUGGUACGUAAAGGAAAAGAACCACAUAUAAUCAUUGAUUAAUUAUCAGCUAGCGAAAUGUAAGCUAAGAGUGUAAUUGCCUCGAUGAUAACUGUGGCAGCAACUCUUCGGGGAAUGAUAAAACUGGAUUCCCAGAAACGAUAAUAACAAUAAAGCCAAUGUGGGACAUGGCAUCAAAGAGCCUCAAGGCUAUACGAUUUUGAGUGUGUAAAGCCGAUUAAAGCCAAACCAGAAAUACUUACAAAUCGGUGGAGGCAGAGUGGUGUUUCUCAAUUUCGAUUUCGAAUGAAAUCUGAAAGCUCUUCGCCUUAAAUGAUGCACAAAGGGCGAUAAAUUCCCAGAAAUCAGGCUAAAUCCCCACCCUUUAUAACGGGGGCUAUCAUACCAUAAUUUUGCGGGAAGCCGCAGAGCGUUAAGUUUAUUUGCUGUGGGACUUAGCGACAUGCCAGCGUUCCAGGUGACAACACUGUAGGCGGCUGUAGGCCCACCAGGUGGUGCCUGAGCCAUAAAAAUUGAUUAGAUUCCGGCUUACAUCUCACUCUCGAGACGACGACGACAUCACGCCCUGUCAUUGGACAAUGGCAACUGUGUUAAGCAUCGCAUGAUUCUCGAGCAGAUGAUAAUAGAUAGUCGGCCAGAGAGAGAGAGAGCGAGACGAGACCCGACAACAGUGGAUCUGGAUCCCGCAUACCACAUCCGAAAGAGUGAGCACAUUUGUUGGUUGAUUUUUCGCAUAGUUUAAGUAUUUUAAUUUUAAAAAUAUGCCUUUGUC